AAAAUAGUUGUAUCACUCACCAUGAUUUUUACCUUCAAAGGGGAUCCCAAUGGAGCUGCAGCUGAAUGCCAAAGAAGUUCUAACAGACGUCUAUCUGAAGGCAGCUCUGCAGAAGGACAUGGGUCCAGCUGCUCAAUUAACCUCAUGGACUCUGGAGGAGCAUGCUGAAAAGUCUGAUGACGUCAUAGGCAUAGUGACAACUGUCAAGAUCAAUUUCAAGUUUGGAAUGAAAGAACUUUCAGCGGACUACAUUGUGAAAAUGAUCCCACUGCAACCUAUGAAGGCCUUAAAAGAUAUGCUCACUCAAGGGUGUAGAAAAGAGCUUCUUUUUUACCAAGAACUUCUACCUGCACUGAAUACGCAACUAAGAGUUGCAGGUCUUGAACCACUUCGUACCCCAAAGCACUUAUAUUUGAACCACAACCCAGAUGAAAUGCUCCUGAUUAUGAAGGAUCUCCGUUAUCGAGGGUUUCGAAAGUUCAGGGAGAAAAACUGCUUUGAUAUUCAGCAUACUAAUAUCGUCCUUCAGGAACUGGCAAGGUUUCAUGCUAGUUCCCUUUUGCUGAAAGAUAAGAUUGGUAGACGAAACUUUGACAUCAAGUAUCAUUUCCUUGAAAAGGAAUGGUACAAUGUAACAGAUGAUGCGACUGCAUUUUUCAAGACGUUGUUUGAUGGCAAUAUUGAAAAUACAGUUGCUAUAUUGAAAACACUAAACACCGAUGAAAGGGUAAUCAAAUGGCUAAGAAAAAUCAAGCCAGAUGUUUAUACAAUCCUUCAAGAGCAGAUGCACAGGAGCUCAGCUUUCAUCACAUUGUGCCAUGCUGACUGCAUCACCACAAACAUAAUGUUCAGAUACAACGACGAUGGCAUCCCGGUUGAAGUUGCUCUGCUUGACUUCCAGCAGGUACGAAAGGCCUCUCUGGCAACUGAUAUCAGCCUUCUUCUGUAUGUUUGUGUGAGCGGAAUCGACAGAAGGAGGAAUAUGGAAGGGUUCCUCCAGACUUAUUUUAGUUCCUUCAGGAACGUGAUGGACGCCGGCAAAGUUCAGGUGCCAUUUACAUUUCAGGAGCUUUUGAGAGAGUGCGACGAUAAACUCCUCUUUGGAGUUAUUUGGUCUUUGUCAGUGAUACCGAUGUUGGCAGCGAGGGAAGACGACGACGACGAGUGGAAGGAUGCAAAGGCCGACCUUGGAGGUGACCCAGAAAAGGAAGGAAAGCAAGAGGAGGAGGCAGCAGUACAGGCACAACCGCCUAAAGAUAAACACCGCAAAGAGGACUCAAAAAUGGCUGCCGCCGAGUGUGAAAUACACAAAAGAUUUAUUCCCAUUUUCGAAGAGUUAAUUGAGCGCAGAAUAAUUCGUUGAAAUGAAUAAAGAAACAGCUAUAUCUCGCUCUUUGCUGAUGUUACCUCCCUAAGAUAUUCUUCAAGCGUUAGUUGAUUUUUCUUUGUAAUAUAUGAACCAUCAUUUUAUGUUAUUUAAGUAUGUGCUGUUAUACUCUUCUAAAAUUAUUUAUCGCAAGGCUUAUUAUAGAAAUAAAAAAAAAUACAUACUCUUUCGCAACAA